AUGCAGGCAGGUCCCAGAACUCCAGGAAGUACUCAGCCGCCUGUAAAAAUAUAUAAUGCAGUAUACUCAUCAGUCCAGGUCUAUGAGUGCAUGGUCCGAGGUAUUGCAGUGAUGCGUAGGAGGAACGACUCCUACGUCAACGCGACACAGAUCCUUAAAGUGGCUGGAGUCGACAAAGGCCGUCGUACGAAGAUCCUUGAGAAGGAAAUUUUGCCUGGGAAACACGAAAUCGUCCAAGGUGGAUAUGGCAAAUAUCAGGGAACCUGGAUUCCGCUUGAAAGGGGGCGUGACAUUGCACUUCAGUAUGGUGUCGCGCCUUUAUUGUCGCCUUUAUUCGAUUUUACCCCGACUACCAACUCUCUAGGUGCUCUACCGGUUAGUGCCCCUACUGGUACUGCAUCUCCUCGCCCACUGUCAGCGUCGUCGUCAUACUCAAGUAUUGGCGCUGCUGGCAAUUAUAUGGCAGCUCUUCCCUCCUCGCUUGCACCACCUCCCAUCAUGCCCGGUUCCGCUCUUCGCUUACUAAAUCAAGGUAGAGCCCAAGGACUGUUCACGCCUUCCACAUCUGGACAGUCUGGCCUUGUUCAAACUAGAUCUUCUGGUUUUAUCUCUCCUGGUCCAUAUCAAUCAGGGGCCUUCUCCAGCUCACAGACACCUCCGCCGACUGCGGGUUUGAAAAGAACUCACUCAGAAGCUGAUGCUGAAUUUUUGAACAUUCCGGCUACAGGUCUGUUGGUGCUCAUUUUAAGGCUUCAACGGUAUACUUACAUCGGUGUUACACCUAAAGAUUAUACACAUUUAUCAAGGCCAGGUUCUGUUAAUUCCCAAGCAAAUGGAGAUGAAAACGCAUCGCCCGCCAAACGCCCUCGUACCAAUUCAGUUCCCCAAGAAACAAGUUCUUCGCAAUCUACCAACUGGAUAUCGCGGCCACAAACAAAUCAUCCAACCACAUCACAACAGAACCCAAAUGGCACGCCUCGACCUUCCAGUUCUAUGUCUACUACCAAUGGCACUGCAAUCAAGGCGACAAAUGCAUCUGAAACCGACGUACAGCGCACUCGAUUUGCCUCCAAACCUGCCAUGCCGCGUCCAGGUGAACCCGUUUCUCACUACAAAGAUAGUCGGCGUACAGCAGUCAUUGCAUCAAUUUGCCAACGAGAUGAUUCAUCUGUAGUCAUUGAUCUCCUUCGAGAAAUAUCAUCCGACCCCUCUAAUCCCGACCCCUCUGGCAAUGUCGACGUCGAUAUUGUGCUAGAUGAUCAGGGACAUACUGCUCUUCAUUUAGCAGCCAGUCUGGCUAGACAACAAACAGUUGAAGCUUUGAAAGAGAAUGGGGCAGAUAUUCACCGCGGCAACUUCUUAGGAGAGACACCUCUGAUUCGAGCAUGCCUUGCCACAAAUAAUAGUGACCAGCAAUCCUUCCCGAUCCUCGUCGCUAGUCUUUAUCCAUCCAUCCAUACCCUCGACACCUCUCGGAAGUCCGUUCUUCAUCACAUCGUCUCCCUUGCUGGUGUCAAAGGUCGUGCUAGUGCAGCGCGAUAUUAUCUUGAACAAAUAUUUAUGUGGAUUGUACAGCAGCAGGGGGGAGACUUCCGAUCAAUCGUUGACCUCCAGGAUGAACAUGGUGAUACGGCGCUGAACAUUGCUGCCAGAGUAGGCAAUCGAAGCUUGGUCAGGAUCUUACUGGACGUUGGUGCCAAUCGAAUAUUACCCAAUAAAUUGGGCUUGCGACCUGGUGAUUUUGGAGUGGAAACUGAAGAAUUGAGUGGUGGUCCUCGCGCAGAAGAUCUUUUGGCAUCAUUGCGCUCGGGGCCUCCUCCAACAGUGCAAAAAAGCCAAGAUGUAAUCGCAGAUAUGACUACUAUGAUCCAAAACCUUAGUGCUGAGUUCCAAGGAGAAAUCAAGACCAAACAAGAUGCCCUCGAUGUAACACAAGCUCAUCUACGUGCUGCUACCCGUGAACUUUCUGAACAGCGGAAACAAAUACAAUUGUGGCAAUCACGCUGUGCUGAACUUGACCAAGUCAACCAACGUGUCCGAAACGUUGAGAGAGCCAUCGGGGAUGAAGAUUCGUUUGACUGGACAGGGCGGACAGAUUUGGAUGGAAAUGAUGGUCGAGAAUCAGCAGGACCUGCGUUUCAGUAUCGUGGUGCUGGUUCGACGAUGGUGGGGAUCGGUGGAUCUGUCGACAUUUCUUUUAGCGUCGACUCAGAGCCUCCAUUGCCAACUGCCGAUAGCGUGGCGACUUUGAUUAAAUUGAGAAGAUUGAAGGCCUGGCAUACACGGAUGGAAGAACUUGUCAAGGCCCGGUUAAAAGGCCUGCAAGGCGCCACUGCAGAAAAGGAGUACCAAUGCAAGAAAAUUGUUGCUCUGUGUACUGGUCUCCCCAUCGACAAGGUCGAGGACAUGCUUGACAAUCUUGUUAUUGCCCUUGAAAGCGAAAUAUCGGUUAUAGAUCUUGGUCGAGUUUCGGGUUUUAUGCAAAAGGUCCGGGACGGUACUAUAUAG